AAUAGAUAACUUUUAUUCAUUCUCGCGUUUAGACGCCCGAUCUAGUUAUAGGAAUGCUACCAAUUACUUAUCACUUUUUAAACACACUUGCAAAGGAUAAGACGCAGCAGAUGCCAAUAGUAAUCACAUCUAAGACUACCUCUUUAAAUCCAAUCAGUGGACCACAUAAUUACACUCAUUUUCUGCAUCCAUCAGAUGAUGCUAUGCCUCCCCAAAAUACAAACACUUAUAUCAGUGAAAACUUCUUAACGAAAGUAGUGAAAGAUGAACUGAAAAAGUUAAAUACUGUCACCAGUAAAGAUAUUUUAACUCAAGUAGCUAUUACAGAGCCUAUGACAACAUCCAUACCCAUAGUACCGACAUUUUCUAAAAUAAAGAUCAAAAGUAAUAAUAAGAAAACUGGGAUGUUUCUGAACGAAGACUUGAACACAGAUUUCUCAACUGAAUUGAUAUGUCAAGAAGAACAGAGCGCUGUACACAUAUUUGCCACAAAAACUUUCUUUACAACGUUAACUUUUUACACCACUUUUUUAAAUAACAGCAUAAGUGGAAUUAGUUUCCAUGAUCCGAUUCCAAAACCCAUGACUGUGUAUGAAAAUAAAAAUCGCACAGAUCUUAUUGAACAGCACGAGUACACGAAUGCCAAGUAUGACUAUAAAACUCAAGUGAUAGAAAACAUCAUCACUAACACAGUGGCUAGUUCUUUGCUCAGGCCAGAGCUAGUCUCCAUGUUUAGCACAGAACUCAUGCGGAAAAAGGGAAAAAAUGAUCGCAAUGUUAUUGUGACAAUGGCCACUUUGUUAGAUGGCCAAACUAUGCAAGUAACCGCCAUGAAAACAGUGACCAAAUUGGAUACAAGUCAGAAAUAUGUUUUAGAAGACAUUCAACCAACAGUGAAUUUACACACAAAUCACGGACAAAAAACUAAAGCUAUCUCAACAGAAAAAUCUUAUACAAUUAAUAAAAUCUCAGUAAAAUCAACUGAAAGCAUACAGACGUCUCCUCAAACUGACGAGGAUCUUAGCUUAUCGGAAUCUGAAAAUCUUGAUGUCUAUCCAGAGCCCUAUAUAGAAACCAAUCCAUUGGGGCAGACUGCAUUAGUCAAAUUACCAGUAUCUUCGACAGUCUCGCAAAUUAUUGGACCAUUGACUUUAGAACAAUUUAGGCCAAUGCUUAAUGUUAUGGCAGACCUAAUUAAGAAAAAUAUUGCAAAUCGGCAUGGCUCAGAACACAUGCGUCAAACUUAUAAAGAAGGAAAUCUUAAAAAUAGUGUAGCAACAACGAAUGUAAAUCAUAUGUCAAUUAGGACUGUCGAGAGACCAGUCUAUAUACCUCUGCAAGAAACUGGAAAAUACGAUUUCUUAAGCUGGCAUUCUUAUGAUGGCAUUAAUAAUAAGAACGGGUCGGUUGAUAUUAAUGCGGUCAGUAAAUCAAAUAUAAAAAGUAUACGUAAGCACAAUUCCAACCACCAAGCCGUAAAGAAUGUUUCGUUUCCUCGACAAGCAGAAAAUUCGAAGAAAACUUAUGGAAGCUCUUUGCUCAGGACAGGUAUUCCUAUAAGUCCGGGUGAAGUUAUAACGGCCAACGCUGAUGUUAUAAUUGGAAGACCUAGCAUGAACGUUUCUCUAAAGGAUACUGCUAUUCGACACAACUUGCUCGAAAUGAGAAAUAACUUAUCUGUUCCUAAGUUUUAUCGUCAAUUAAUCCGUUCGAAAACUAUAUACCCCAGUGUUCCUUUAAUACAUCCCCCUAAGCCUAACCAAGACCAACUAAAGAUGAACCGGGAAACUCUUAACGAUUACGGAAGCAUAUUAAAGCCGCCCCCGCCCAUAAAUAACCAACCAGCGAGUACAUUUUCAAAAAAUGUUUUGCAGUAUCCUAUCUUAUUGCUUGCACCAUCAGGACUAACGCAAAGUCGAAUAAAGUAUCCGCUCUCUAUUCCUUUUGAGAAGAACAAGAACCCGAGUGAUAAUUAUUAUGCUUCACAACAAAUCGCCAGUUUGAAUUCGGAGCUAAACAGUAAUGAGAUCUUAGAGAUAAUGCGAAUACCGGAAAUAUUUAGUACUAGACUGCCGGCCAUCACUAAAUAUUUGGCGAUAUCAAACACCCAUGAUUAUUCUCAAAUUCCACAUUCUCUGAUAUACCCAUUGAACCUGGCUGGAACACCCAGAACGCCGUUAUCUGCUUCUACAUAUUCAGGACAUCAUCAGGUUAAUCUGAGAAAGGAGAUGCUUAGUCAUACAGUCAACAUACUUGCACCUCCACUUACAUUUAAAAAAGAAUCUGAACUGUUUGCUCAUGCAACGGCCAUUAAGGGUCACAUUACACAUUCAUCAAUGCCUCUGAUCAAAAUUCCGGUCAACGAAGCUAAAGUAGAUGUACGAGUGUCUCCCCAAAUUAACGGAAUAGUUCUUGUACAAGACAAGCACGCAAGCGCAGAUUCAAGUGCCAACAAAUUUAAACAACGCAAUCAAAACCUAAGCAACUUUGCAAUUGGGCAACCUACCACUAAAGCAGCCUCAGAAAGCAAAGCGUCCGAAAACGUUUUGGCAAACACCAACACACCUUCAACAACAAAAAAAAAUGAAAUUUCGAUCAAAUAUAAAUCGCUCUUGGGAUUUAAAGACAAAUUGUACUACAAUCAUUCAAAAGCAGCUGAGGGCUUCCGUCAUGGCGACAUUGGUUUCUCCUCUGAACAGGAUCAAAAAGCGGAUUAUUCAAACUAUUCGCUUCAAUCCUACAAACCAUUUUAUGAGAACAAUCCUGAAAACACCUCAAACAUGUGGUUACUUAUGCACCACAGAAAACCAUUUAUAAGUUCUCCUCACAGCCCCACGGUUAUAGAGAGAAGAGAUUCGAACAUGAUUACAAGUGGAACUGAUAAGAUAUUUUUAGCAACAGGAGAUAAUUUUCAUUUGGGAUCUUUACCCAAAUCUGAGUUUUAUUUUGAGCUUGAAAAGUCUAAAAGGACACCUCAAAUCCAGAUUUCAAUCAAUCCUUUUUCUAUUGCCAAGCAAAAAAUUACUGUUUUUGUUGAUGCUAAAAAGACUGUUUUGGAAUAUUCAAGUCAAAGGGCAAAUGUUUAUACCACUUCGACUCCAGAAAAUACUACUGAAAAGUUUCCAGCUACACUUCCGCCCAAGCACGCAAAUUCGCUUGAAAGUUUUUCACCACUGGUGUCGGCAGGAGUACAACAUUUUAACACUCAGCAACUCAGCUCUAACUUAGAAGAGGUACAUUUGCAAAAUAAUCGUUCCGAAUAUAAUUCGUCUGAGCAGCUAAAACAGGAUACAAAGAGACUGGAGCCGUCUGAAAUAGUAUACGACCCUUUUCAAACUAUUUUAAAAAGAACAACUGAAUUAACGAAUGGACUGGAUUCGGAUUCUAUGAAAAAAUCGUUUCUUAAGCCCACGCACCUAAUAUUCAUUGCACCGGAUAAUGUUCCAUUAUUGAAACCUACAACAACAACAAAAAGCCACACACAAGAAUUUCUGGGUGUAGGGGUGCCGUUUCUCUCAAAUACGACUUCAUUGGAUUCAUCGAAGUUUUUGAAAACCUCUCUUAUACCUACUCGUAAGAACACAAUAAGUGUCUAUAAAAGGAGCUCAACUUAUUCGAUAACUAGUAAGAAAGUCCUAGGAAAAUUGUCCCAGCUUACUGACUCUAAAAAGCACUUUCAAUCGAGGCAUCCUGAUCAGGGAAUACAGAUCAGAUCACUAGUUCCUGACAACACACAUAUUAUUAAUGCUACGAAAACUUCCCACCUAUUUUUAUUUAUUGGAACUAAAUCUGAAUCAUCUUUGGGGAUUUUGCCAACCCGAAAGACUUCAAAAGAACCGCAAACAAUACUAGGAAUGUCAAAAAAAAAAAAAAUCGGAGUGCAGUCUGAUAUUUUCGCGCAAAUUUCUCAGAGUGCUUCAAGCUUGCCGCAACUGAAGACUACGUUUUCAAAUCCAGUAAAAAAGAAGCCGUCCCAAAUUUUGAAUGGAUUUAGGCCAGAAACCAUAAAUAUAAGCACUAUUAUUAAAACAAGACCAGAUUUGUAUCAAAGGACUACGACUAAAGAUUCCAUUAACAGUCUAACGCUGUUAGAAACCUCCAAAAGCACGUCUGUUAUAGAACAAAAUCAUUUAAAUAGCUCACUUUUAUUAACUCAUCCAGUCCGGGAUGAGGAAAGAUAUUCAUCAAUCGACUCUGGAACGCAUAUAAGUGGUAUUCUAAUUGAUACACCUUCAAAAACUAAGCAAAUCAAACAAUUAGGAUCGGCCAGCUCCUGCAAUCCAUUUUGCAAAUUAAAAAAAAAUGAAAUAUGUGUUAUUAUGAGCGAUGGAGAUACAUCUGUAAGCCAUUGUGCAUGUCGACCAAGCUUUGGGCGCAUGUUUCCGGACAGACCUUGCAAGCCCACAUAUACCUACGAAAUGCAAAUGGAAACUAUGAGGGUUGGAAACUAUAUCCUCAAGUUCAACGAUGGACUUAAAACUAAUGCAUCAAACGAAUAUCGUCACCUUAGUGGAAUUAUAUUAGACGCCGUCGAUCGCAUGAUAAUGCAGUCGGACUUUCGGGACGUAUAUCACGGUGUACAAUUAAUUAGCAUUACUGCUAGCAAACAAGAAAACAUUUUAAGUACAUUUUUGCUUCAGUUGUCCGAUAACAGCGAUCAAAUGCGACUAUUAACCGUUUUUAAAAAAUAUUUGCGUCAGAGCAACUUUAGUAUUGGAGGCACUGAGUUAUAUACCUCUAAAGAGGGAAUAAAAUCAUUACAAUUCAAAGAUUUCGACGAAUGCCGUCACGAAAAUUUUCACGACUGUUCAAUCAACGCUAGUUGCUUUAACUUGGCUGGAAGUUACACAUGCAGUUGCCUGAAUGGUUAUAUAGAUAUAUCUGAUAACGCUAUUUAUCCGGGUAGAAGAUGCUCAAAUAACAUAAUUGGAUGUGAAAAGUGCAAUUACCACGGCAAAUGUAUUACAACGUCGCUGGAUAAAGUUUCGAAGAUAACAACGGUGUGCCAGUGCUUGCCUUGGUAUGCAGGAACGAGGUGCCAACUAAAUCUUAAGAUACUCUUGAUCUGCCUGAUUGCCAUAGGCGCAGUGCUGUUUAUUUUGCUACUGUUUUGCAUAUUGAUUAUACACGCAAAACGAAAGAGAGAGUGCGCUUCCGCAAAUUCCACAUUUAUGACAGCAUCAAAUAUAUAUCCCAGUGUACUGAAAUCAUCUGGAAAAUCGAGACUAGUUGAAUAUAUACUUGAUUCUCAUAGCGAAUCAAGUUAUAACUCAGGAUCUGUUUUGUAUAAGAAAGGCCAAGGGGUGAAAAAGUCGAAGAUGAAACCGAAAGCAAUUCAAAAAGAAAAUUCAGCCUACAAAUACAAAGUCACUUCAACCCGGAACAUGUAUGACGUACUUGAUUUAAGCGAUCCAAUUGAAGAACCAGAUUUUCCAUCACUUAACAUGGAGAAAGGUGUUGCUGAAGCUGAUACAGACCAAGAUCGUUCUCUUACCUUUAUGAUACCACGUGCUAAAUUCCACCAACCGUAUAUUUUAAAGCAUUCCCAACUGAAUAAUAAUCUAUCCAUGGAAAAUAAAGAAGCACAGAGAGAUUUACAUAAAAAGGGGGAAUUGGAAUAUCGAUCUGUUUUUAUCGACACGUCAAAACAGCUUAUAAAAACAGUUGAGUGUUCCGCUCAGGAAUGCAUCACACACACUAGUGCACUAGUUUCCGCUGGCUAUGAAGUAUCUGCCAUUGUAAACGAUCCCAACGUCGUAUCAGCCAUGAAUGUCGAAAUUGAAUCACACAAAAAUGUAAAAGUAGAUUCUGAAUCAAAUGGUGCGCGUUCGUUUGACGAAACAACAGUCGCAGCUGUAACUGCCCCUGUACAUUUUAAAUUAGGCAUGCAGAUCGAGAGCCAUAAAAAUGAGGAAGUGAAUACAAUGGCUGAACGAGAUUUGGGCUCAACCUUUUUGCUGCCACAUACGCAUCUAUACAAGCCCGUGAAGAUACCUAGCGAAUUUUCUGGAUUUGAUUCUGUGUAAAUGCUGGGACACCUUUAAAAGAAUAAAGAAAAAUAAAGAAAAUUGGACAUACAUAAGUUUUUUCCAUGCCAGCUCUAUGAUAUAAUGGUCAUCCCAAUACCUCCCAUGAUGUGCAGCCGACGAAACAGGGGGGACGAAACGUACUGGUGGACACCUUUUAAAAUUUGGGAUCAGUCAAAAACAAUAGAAACACUCCGGCCAAUGAGAUCAACUGGCCGAUUUAGCACAGAUCGGUAAAAGUUUUCUUCGCAAAAACCAAGGCGGAAGAUCAGGGGAUUUUUAUUAGUUGGCGCAAUCACUGCAAUUGUUCUAUCAGUAGAUG